AUGAGUUGCUCUUCACUAAGCUGUGUUAAAGCAGAGAACCCAGUAAGGAUAUUAUCUGCUAAACCUGAAUGGCACAAGGCACAAGCAAGAUUUAUGAGAAGUUUAUGCAUGGAAAACGAAGGAAAGAAAAGCAGUUCUGCGUCACCUUUUGGUUAUUAUCGCGUCUCCAUGGAAGGAGAUCAUAAGAUAUUCUCUUUUGGUUCAGACAUUACUGCUGCUGGGAGCCCUGACAUUUUCGUUUUCAGACAAAGAUACCUUAGGAGCUACCAACUUACCAGGGAGAGCCUGGUUCUCGUCCAGAUGGCUUAUAAUUCAGUAGGAGUUAAUCUCUCACAACCUUCGGUUUCAAUCCUUCGAGGAAUCGACAAUUAUGAUAUCUGGAGUGUCAAAAUGAAAACUCUUUUCCUUUCCCAAGAGUUAUGGGAUUUUGUGGAGAAUGGUUACAACGAAACAGCAUCCGCUGAAACUCUCAAAGACUUGCUGAAGAAAGAUAACAAAGCUCUUUUCCUCAUCCAACAAGCUGUAGAUGAUGCUAUUUUUCCUCGAAUUUCUGCUGCAACAAAAGCGAAAGUAGCAUGGGAUAUACUUCACACUAACUACCAAGGUGUUGAGAAGGUGGUUACAGUAAAGCUGCAGACACUUCGCAGGAAGUUUGAUUGCUUUGUUAUGAAGGAUAGCGAGUCUAUGCAUGAAUAUUUCAAUAGAGUAAUGGAAGUUGUAAACCAAAUGCGAAAGUACGGGGAGGAGUUGUCUGAUCAAAAGGUUGUGGAGAAAAUUUUGCGGAGUUUGCCCAAGAAGUACGAGUCUGCCGUAGCUGCAAUAGAAGAAUCGAAGAACUUAAGCACCCUGACUAUUGAUGAGUUGAUGGGUUCUUUACAAUCCCAUGAAGAUAGGCACCGCGGUUAUGAAGAAGGUGAUGUAGAAAAAGCCUUUCAUGCCAAAUUGCAGAUAUCUAAAGAAGGAGAAAAUUAUAGCAAUGACCAUAAUAAUCGCGGUGGACAUUCUUCGCGUGGAAGAAGAGGAGGCAGAGGUAACAGAGAGGGUGGACGAGCUGGUGGUCAGAGUCAGAAUCACAACACUGAAACCAGUAAAGGUGAAAAUCGUUCCCGUAAUUUUACAUGCUAUAAUUGCGGGAAACAAGGUCAUAUAGCAAAGUAUUGUCGACAGAAAGGAAAUCAAGCAAAUUUGGUCGAGCAAGAGAAUAAAGAUGAAUGUGAAAGUUUAUUUCUUGCUGCCUUGGCUACUAAAGAAUGUGAUUCUAAUGUGUGGUAUAUGGACAGUGCUAGCAGUAAACAUGUGACUGCUAAUUUGGGGGCUUUUGUUUGUUUGGAUAAGUCUUUCAAAUCCAAUGUUAAAAUGGCGGAUGGAACAAUUCGUCAAGCCCAUGGCAAAGGAAUUGUGAAGUUGAAUGAUUGUGAGAUUAAAGAUGUUCUCUACGUGCCUGAUUUGGACUCAAGUCUUUUAAGCGUCGGUCAAUUUAUGAGAAAAGGGUAUUCACUCCUGUUUGAAGAUUUCUCCUGCAGUGUAUUUUCAGAUGCAACAAAAAAGAAUAUGUUAUUUCGCGUCCCAAUGAGCGACAAUAAUAUGUUUCCUCUGGAUCUUGAUGACCAACAGAAAGCACUGGCAGUUUCAUUAGAAGAUGAUGAUUGGUUGUGGCAUCACAGGUAUGGACAUUUAAACUUUACCAGCUUAAGUUUAAUGUCUAAAACUAAUUUGGUGGAUGGAUUACCUGUCAUACAUUCUGUUGAUGAUGUGUGUGAAAGUUGUGUGAGUGGAAAACAUCAUAGAGAUUCUUUUGCCAAAGGCAAAAGCAGAAGAGCUUCUCAAGCAGCUGAACUUAUACAUGCUGAUGUUUGCGGGCCGAUGCGUACUUCAUCUCUUAAUGGCAGCAGGUACUUUGUUGUCUUUGUAGAUGAUUAUAGUCGAAUGACUUGGGUUUUCUUUCUUAAAAAUAAAUCAGAGGUGCUGCCAACAUUCAAGAAAUUCAGGAGCUUGAUUGAAAAACAAAGUGGCAAUGCAGUAAAAAUUUUGCGGACGGAUCGAGGAGGUGAAUUUGUCUCUGCAGAAUUUGACAAAUUAUGUGAAGAUUUUGGGAUUCAAAGGCAGCUUACAGCAAGUUAUACUCCCCAACAGAAUGGGGUGGCGGAGAGGAAAAUUAGAAGUCUUGUGGAGAUGGCCAAGAGUAUGUUGAAAGCCAAAAAUCUUCCAAAAAGUUUUUGGGCAGAAGCUAUUCAUACUGCUGCCUACAUUCUUAACCGGAGUUCUACAUCAGCUUUAUCAAAUCAAACACCAUUUGAAGCUUGGAAUGGGUGGAAACCAAAGGUAAAACAUUUUAAGAUCUUUGGUUGUGUUGCUUAUGUGUUAGUGCCAUCUCAAAAGAGAGGAAAACUUGAUGAAAAUAGUGUGAGGUGUAUUUUUGUGGGUUACAGUAUGGAAACUAAAGGUUAUCGUUUUUAUGAUCCUCUUUACAAAAAAUUAAUAAUUAGCCGUGAUGUCAUUUUUUAUGAGAAAAGUGAAUGGAGUUGGAGUGAGAUGCAGCCAGGGGUACAUUUUUCACAAAAUAAUGAAGAAUUUAUUCCUGAACAAAUUCAAAAUGAAGGUAACAAUGGUGGUUCAGAUUCAUCAUCUCCAAAUACUCCCAUUUCCAGUCCUUCUAGUUCGACAUCAUCCUCUUCAUCAAGUACACCUCCACGAAAAUGGAGAUCCUUACAGGAGAUUUAUGAGCAACUUGAUGAAUGUCAUCUUGUGGUCACUCAAGAACCAAGCAGUUUUGAAGAAGCAACAAAAAUCAUAGAAUGGCAAAAGGCAAUGGAUGAAGAGAUGGAUGCCUUAGAGAAAAACAAAACAUGGGAGUUGGUUGACUUGCCAUUUGGUAAAGAAGUUGUGGGGCUGAAAUGGGUGUACAAGGUAAAACACAAGCCUGAUGGGUCUAUCCAGAGACACAAAGCUCGGUUAGUUGCACGUGGUUAUAUGCAGCGUGAAGGUGUUGACUUCGAAGAAACAUUUUCUCCAGUGGCAAGGUUUGACACUAUUCGAGCUACUCUUUCUAUUGCUGCUUAUUUUAACUGGAAAGUUUUUCAGUUUGAUGUCAAAUCGGCCUUUUUAAAUGGUAUUUUGGAAGAAGAGGUUUAUGUGCAACAACCGAAGGGCUAUGAAAUUUCUGGUGAAGAAAAGAAAGUGUACAGGUUGAAGAAAGCUCUCUACGGCCUCAAGCAGGCUCCGAGGGCCUGGUAUGGGAGAAUCGACUCACAUUUUUGCAGAAAUGGUUUUCAAAAGAGUGCAAGCGAGCCCACUUUGUAUGUCAAGAGAAAAGCAGACAAUGAGGUAUUGAUCAUUUGCCUUUAUGUGGAUGACUUAAUCUAUACUGGAAAUAGUAUUGAGUUAUCCACUGAAUUUAAGAAGAUUAUGGUGACCGAAUUUGAUAUGACUGAUUUGGGACUCAUGAGUUAUUUUUUGGGUUUGGAAGUGAGUCAAGGUAAAGCUGGAAUUUUUGUUUCACAACAAAAAUAUGUGAAUGAUCUGCUUACAAAAUUUAACAUGAAAGAUUGCAAUUCAGUCACAACUCCAAUGAUCACAAACCAUAAAUAUUGCUUGGAUGAUGGAGAAGAGAAAGUAGAUUCUCAAUUAUAUCGGAGUUUGGUGGGAAGUUUACUUUAUUUGACGAAUAGUCGUCCGGAUAUUUUGCAAGCAACUAGUCUCCUGUCAAGAUUUAUGCAAAGUCCGAGCAAGGUUCAUUUUGGUGCUGCGAAGAGAGUGUUAAGAUACUUAAAGGGAACCUCUUCUUAUGGGCUGUUCUAUUCUAGCUCAGACAAUUUUAAAUUGUAUGGUUUCUCUGACAGUGAUUGGGCAGGUUCCUUAGAUGACCGUAGAAGUACUACAGGAUAUUUAUUCUUGCUUGGGUCUAGUGCCAUAUCCUGGAGUUCUAGAAAACAACCAUCCACAGCAUUGUCGUCGUCUGAAGCUGAAUAUAUGGCAGUCACCUCAGCAACUUGUCAAGCUAUUUGGCUCAGACGAAUUUUGCAAGAUAUGAAGUUUGAGCAGAAAGAAGCAACUGUUAUCUACUGUGAUAAUCAGUCCACAAUUUCAAUGGCCAAAAAUCCAGUCCAUCACCAAAGGACAAGGCACAUUGAUAUUCGUCAUCAUUUUAUAAGGGAGCAGGUUGCGGAAGGAAGUAUCCAGUUAGAGUUUUGCAAUUCAAGAGAGCAAGUAGCUGAUUUGUUUACAAAAGCUCUUCCUCUUGAGAAGUUUGCAUAUCUCAGAGAUAAGUUGCAAGUUAUAGAUUUUUGCAUUAAGGAGGAGUAUGAAGAUAAUAGUAAGACAAUUUCAGACAGAAUGAAGAGGUGGUUCGAGGAGAAGAAGAAGAAGAAGAAGAAGAAGAGGGAAGCAGUGACAGGGAAGAGCAACAGCAACAAGUUGGCAAGUAGUUCUCGUUCUUGUGCUGAAACUUGCUUCAAGUUUUUGUUUUGCUUUGUUGCUAAAGUUGAUGUUCAUCAUCAAGCAUUCCAAAGCCAUGCAGCUUCUCCGAGAAAUUUUUCUACCAUACCAAGUAGAUUAUUUCUUUAA